CUCUCUCGCCCUCCUAUCCCCGUCGCCGGCCGGUGCAUCGUCUCGCUUCGCUUGACCGCAACGAUGAACAAUUCCGGCGGCGAUCAGCAAUUGGCACGCCAUGGUCAGGAGUUGUCUUCUCAGCAGCGCAACCGGCCGAUUGCGCUAUCAAGGAACGUCCUCCACAGCGAGGAGGAGAGCAGCAUUUCCAGCCUUCUGUACGUAGGAAGGCUCCUCUCAUCAGCCGGAGGAGGAGCACCGGAGCACAUGGCGUCGCUGCGAACCAAGCUUCUCCGAGACUGGAAUCCAUCAGGCGCGGUGAACUUCUGGCGAGCCACGGACGGUGCCUUCCUGAUCCAGUUCUACGAGAGAGCUGACCUUGCCAGAGUGCUGGACGGCGCGCCGUGGUGCUGCGACGGUGAUGACUUGUUCGUCCUGCAGCGCGCCAAGCCCGACGUGAACCUGCUCGAUCAGGUCCGCUUCUUCAAGGCCGAGCUCUGGGUGAAGUUCUACUUCAACUACGUCCCCGUGGUGUACUUAUCCGAGGCGUCCAUCUACGCGCUCGCCGCACACAUCGGCGAGCUGGUGAAGUGCCCCGACAAGGCCGCGUCGUUCUUCAGGGCACGGAUCCUGGUCGAUGUCACGCGGCCUCUGGUCGCCUCCAUCGACGUCAAGCUGGAAGAUGGUGAGUGCAGGUCGAUAUCCGUGGAGUACGAGCGCGUCGGGAGCAUAUUAUGCGGGACAUGCCGGAUAUUGGGGCAUUCGGCGGACCGGUGCAGCACGGGAAACCAGCGGCCCAGUAUUCCUAGAAAUAGGAGCCGGCUAUCUAGAUCAUCCACAGUCAACCGCGACGAUGGCGGUGGCUCGGUGGGGUCCUCGUCGUCGGCCGGCAGUGGCAUAUCACCGCCGCUGCCGCCAUCGGAGGUUGCAGCCGCGCCACCAACUGAUGAAUUCACCUCAGGAAUGGGUGUUGACGACGGAGGUGUUCCCUCACUAACAACUCCUCACACCCGUGGUUUGAAGUAUUAUUUCCAAAAAUACCUUUUCUUGAUGUCUUCCAAAAAGAAGAAUCCCGCCGGAGAGCAGAUGGUCUGCAAUCCUGCGGACAAUAUGGAAGCUGACGCUCAAAGCGGUCCGCAGCCGGUGACAUCAUCUCCACCGCACACUUCCCAGGAAGAUAUGGUCAUCGAAGCAGCAGGUAGCAACCAGGGACACACUGCAAGCUCAAAUGUGGAAAUCGAGUGCACACCGCAGAUCACCCCAACAACGGAAUCACUUCUCCAAAAUGGUUUAAUGGCAUCGCAUGAUGGCAAUGGAGGAGUAAUCACUACUGUAAUUGUGGGUCCAGUUGAUCGAGUACUCCGAGAUAAUGCCAACGCAAAACCUGACAGCCCGGAAAGAUAUGAUGAUAUGACCCGUCGAAUUCUGGAAUCAGCAGUGCAGCCCCACGCCCCAAAAUGAAGAACGUUAGCAUCUCCAGCAAGGCCUAAGCUGGACACUGGACACUGGACACCUAUUGGAGCUAAGAGCAUCUGCAGUGUGAUAGCAAAAUCGAUUUUUCUGCUGAAGAACCGAACCGUGCACAUUGUAGCUAUCGAAUCAUACCUGUCAGAGAAUAAAUCGAACUCAACUUGAGAGUCGAACCGAAGGAGUAAAAACCAUUUGUUAUGCAUGCAUGCAUGAAGGAGAUUGGCUGAUUCCCUUCUCGAGGGUCCCAUGAAACGAUUUUAACACUGCAGAUGCCGAACCAAAAGUUUGUUCGGCUCGUCAGAUGUACUAAUCGAACCAAACACUAGAGAUGCUCUAAGAAUAGAAA